AUGUCUGAAUUAUUCGAAAGCUCCUACGGUAAAGCCAACGUCAAGUUUUUAAAGGUCAAGAAAAACGCUUCUGACCCAAACAUUCAAGAUGUUCUUGAAGCCAAUGUCCAAGUAUUGUUGAGAGGUAAAUUCGAUACAUCAUAUACCAAAGCUGAUAACUCGUCCAUUGUCCCCACUGACACUGUUAAAAACACUAUUUUGGUUGAAGCCAAGACCACUGAUGUGUGGCCCAUUGAAUCGUUUGCUGCUCAUUUAGCUAAACAUUUCACCACCAAGUACGAUCAAGUUGAAGGUAUUGAAGUCAACAUUGUUCAAGCCAAAUGGACCAAGAUCAAGUUGGAGGGUAAAGAACAUGCCCACUCUUUCAAGCAUGAAGGACCAGAGACUCGUCAAACUUAUUUGAAUUAUGAUUCAUUGACAAAGAAAUUGACUUUGUCUUCAUCAAUUAAGGAUUUGACUGUUUUGAAAUCUACUGGAUCUAUGUUUUACGGGUACAAUGUUUGUGACUACACUACCUUGCAACCAACCAAGGACAGAAUCUUGUCUACUGAUGUUGCGUCAACUUGGACAUUCGACCCAAACCAAAUUGCAACAUUGGACGAUGUUAUCAAGAAUGGCAAGUUGUUUGACCGUGCAUACAAUGAGACAAGAGAUGUAACAUUGGAAUUGUUUUGUAAAGAAAAUUCACCAUCAGUUCAAGCUACUAUGUACAAUAUGGCUGAAAAAAUUUUGGCCAAUGUUAAACAAAUUGCCACUGUCACUUAUGUCUUACCUAACAAACACUACAUUUUGUUUAACUUGGAAUGGAAGGGAAUCAAGGACAACAAGGAAUUAUUUUACCCAUCGCCAGAUCCAAAUGGAUUGAUCAAGUGUACUGUUGCAGUACUUGCUACUGCGGCUAUAACUACUGCUGCAGUAGAACUAUACCAUAGAUACACCGAAACCACAAAUAGAAACACCGCUAAUGACACGUCAUCAUCGACCAAACCACGUAAAAAUUUUGCUCCAGGUGAAUACUCCGAAGAACUCAUUCGUGAACAACUAGCAAGAAAUUAUGCAUUCCUAACUGACGAGGGUAUGACCAAAGUACGAAGCCAAAGGAUUAUAGUUGUUGGAGCCGGUGGUGUAGGAUCAUGGGUCGCAACGAUGCUUGCUAGAUCUGGGGUUGAACAUUUACGAAUUAUUGAUUUUGAUCAAGUGUCAUUGAGUUCGUUGAAUCGACAUGCAGUGGCGACUAUUUCCGAUGUUGGUAUUUCUAAAGUUGAUUGUUUGAAAAAUCACCUAUUGCAAAUUGUCCCUUGGAUUGAAAUUGAUGGACAAAAUAGGUUGUGGAAUUUACAACUGGCUCAAGAAUUGUUGGAUUUUAAUCCAACAUAUGUUGUUGAUUGUAUUGAUAACUUCGAUACUAAAUGCGAUUUGCUCACUUAUUGCCAUCAACAUAAUAUCCCAGUUGUUUCAUCAGGUGGUGCUGCCACUAAAUCUGACCCCACUAGAAUCAAUGUUGCCGAUAUUUCCAAGACUGAAGAGGAUCCAUUGUGUAAAAAGAUUCGUAUUGUGUUGAAAAAGAGGGGCAUCACCACUGGUAUUCCGUUUAUCUUCUCGGCGGAAAAGCCUGAUCCAAGAAAGGCAAAGCUUUUACCAUUAGACGAGGCUGAGAUUGUGAAAGGGGAAGUUGAUCAAUUGUCGGCAUUGAAAGAUUUCCGUGUGCGUAUAUUGCCAGUGUUGGGUACUAUGCCCGGCAUGUUUGGUUUGGCCAUUGCUACGUAUAUCUUGACUACAGUUUCCGGCUAUCCAAUGGAGCCAAUUGAAGGCAAAAACAGGUACAAGAUCUAUGAUGAUAUGUUGCAAAGCUUAGCGGGUCAACAAUUGCGUAUUGGUGAAGAAGAUCAACGAGUGAAAAUAUCCAUGACUGACGUCAAUUACAUUUUGGAAGAGGUAUUUAGAGGUAAAUCGCCAAUAUCAAAUUAUUCAACUAGGUUAGCUUUAAGUAAGUGGGAUCCAUCAAAGGAAAUUAGCUUGCAGAAUGUGGUGGUUAUGACAAAAGAUGAACAGAGGAAGCAUGAAAAGAGAGUAUUGAUUGGGGGUGAGAAAUUGGAGGAUGUGUAUCUGAAAGAAGUCAUUGAUUUGGUGAAAUCAAGACACGAAGAUGAGGCGUAUUAUUCAAAGUUUAGAUAG